AUGAUACCACGUGUCUUUGGUGUGAUGUCGCUGAUCAGCGUCGACACGAGACAACAGACGACACCGGCUAUAAUCGCCAGAAUAAAACAGAACGCUCCCAGCAAAUGGAAUGGACUGGAUCGUGUUGGUCCUUUUACUGACUCGAUGUCGUCAUCGUCGUCUUCCUCCACAACAACCUUAUCGUUUUUAGUCAUUAUAGGACAAGAAUAA